UCUUCUUUCGCAGAUCAUCAGCUCUCGUAAAAGAAAAAUGCUGCUUGUAGGUAUUGUCCUCUGUGCCACCUUCUUUUUCUCCUGUCUCAUUCUCCGGACAGUAUUAGCUCGAAAACCCCGCCUGAAAUCCCCUCCCAGCCCCUUAGCCCUCCCCAUCAUCGGUCACCUCUACAUUCUAGGACCGAAAAUCCACAAAACGUUUCACGAGCUGGCGGUGCGUUACGGCCCCUUAAUUCAGCUCCGCCUUGGUUCGGUGCCGUGCGUUGUGGUUUCCACUGCUGAACUAGCCAAAGAAUUCCUUAAGAUAAACGAACUCACCUUCUCCGCCCGCAAGAAUUCCAAUGCCAUUAAAAUUCUCACAUAUAAUUCUUCUUCUUUUGCUUUCUCACCUUACGGGCCGUACUGGAAAUUCAUCAAGAAAUUGUGUAUUUACGAGCUGUUGGGAGCCCGGAAUCUAAACCAUUUCCGGCCAGUUAGAACCACAGAGAUAAGCAGUUUUGUUCAGCUUCUGAUGAACAAGGCUAAGUCCAGCUCUGGCUCGAAGCCCAUUAAUAUCACUGAAGAGUUACUUAGUCUAACGAGCAAUGUUAUUUCCCAAAUGAUGUUGAGCAUUAGGUGUUCGGAGAAUGAAGGCGAUGCGGCGACGGCCCGGACAGUUAUUCGGGAGGUUACACAAAUUUUUGGAGAAUUUGAUGCUUCGGAUAUGAUAUGGUUAUGCAAGAACUUCGAUUUUCAAGGAAUAAAGAAGAGGUCAGAGGACAUACAGAGAAGAUACGAUGCUUUGUUAGAGAAAAUUAUCGCAGACAGAGAACGCGUGCGGCGGCAGAAUCGAGAAGUUCGGACGGCAGACAGUGGAGCUCCUGCCGCUAAGGAGGCGAUGGACUUUCUUGACAUAUUACUUGACGUUAUGGAGAGUGGCAAUGCUGAAGUGAAAUUUACGAGAGACCACCUCAAAGCUUUGAUUUUGGAUUUCUUCACUGCGGGCACGGACACAACAGCCAUUGCCAUUGAAUGGGCAUUAGCAGAGCUAAUCAACCAUCCAAGUGUACUCAAAAAAGCACAAGAAGAGAUAGAAGAGGUUGUUGGAUCCCAUAGAUUGGUACAAGAAUCAGACGCCUCAAAUCUACCCUAUAUCCAAGCUAUCAUAAAGGAAACUUUUCGCCUUCACCCUCCGAUUCCCAUGCUUGCAAGAAAAUCCACAACCGACUGUGAGAUAAAAGGGUAUACAAUUCCAGCCGGAACUUUGCUUUUCGUUAACAUUUGGUCCAUUGGUAGGAAUCGCAAGUACUGGGAUAACCCUUUGGAGUUCCGUCCCGAGAGGUUUCUAGAACCCAGUAAAGACAGCAACGAGGAUACGAUAGAUGUUAAGGGGCAACAUUUUGAGCUCCUGCCUUUUGGCACAGGAAGGAGAGGGUGUCCUGGAAUGCUUCUAGCUUUGCAAGAAGUGCACACCGUGCUUGCGGCUAUGGUACAAUGCUUUGACUGGAAAUUACCACCGUCUGAUGGAGAUCAUCUUGGUGGAGUUGAUAUGAGUGAAAGGCCUGGAUUGACUGCUCCUCGGGCUCAUGAUCUUGUCUGCCUUCUGGUACCAAGAGUAAAACUGUGAUCCACUAGGCUGAGUGACUUUUUUCUUUUUAUGUUCAAAAUUUCAUUCUGGUAAUGCAAUUUUAAAUUAUUCUGUUAAAGGGUCUGUUAUGAUUUCGGAGGAAGGCACAAUGAGAAGUACUAAAAAUAUAUAAAAGCUCAAACUCCAUCAUUUAGUAAA